AUGUCAGCGACUUUUCAAAAGACACUCUUGGCUGCCAUCAUCAAGAGCCUCCUUCGGGGGAAAUCACUAGUUCAGUCACUCUUGGCUUACUGGGGCAGCUCUCUGGGACUUGAGACAAACACAAAGACCCGAGUCGCCAAUACGCCACGCAAAUCUGCCCGAGACUUUCUCAAAGAGGCAGAGGCUCUAUUCCUCGACCCUGUCAGUCAAGAUGGCCUGCAAGAACUAUCCAACAACCUACGAAAACAACUCCUAGAGCGACUGGAAACUGAUAUGGAGUGUAUGCUACCGUCAUACAGUCAUCAGCUACCAAGAGGUACAGAGGUUGGCCGCUUUGUGGCAUUGGACGUUGGUGGUUCGACCCUCAGAGUAGCAUUGGUGGAACUGUGUGGUCGCGUGUCCAAUAUCGGGGAGGAGAGCAGGAUCGUGAGCAUGAGGAACUUCCACAUCACCCCUGAGAUCAAAGCCCUAGAAGGCAUGUUGUUCUUUGACUGGAUGGCCGAGAGGAUACUAGAGACUCUAUCAGCAGAGCUAGAGCAGCAAGAUAGAUCUGAUGGACCUUUGCCUAUGUCGAUGGCAUGGAGUUUUCCCAUUGAACAAACAUCACUAGCAGGUGGCAAGUUGCAAGGCAUGGGCAAGGGCUUCGCGGCGUGCAACGGGUUGUUAGGUCAAGAUCUUGGAGAGAUCGUACGAACAGCCUGCUUGAACCGCGGUCUCAACGUAGAACUUCGAGCUAUUGUCAACGACUCCAGUGCAUGCUUACUAUCGGAGUCGUAUAACCACCCCACAACAAGAUUCGGCCUUAUCCUUGGUACUGGCGUUAACCUUGCUGCCUAUCUUCCUGUAUCCGCCAUCGGACGUGUCAAAUUUGGCGAGCGUCCUCCACAAUGGUUUGAGAAAGCAACACAUGUCAUCAUCAACAGCGAGAUCAGCAUGAUGGGCCGAGAUAUCUUGCCCUUGACAAGAUGGGAUCGGCAAUUAUUGGCGAACCACGCCCGACCUGAGUUUCAGCCUUUAGAGCACAUGGUCAGCGGCAUGUAUCUGGGCGAGAUUUGCAGAUUGGCACUUGUUGAGGCGAUUGAGUCGACUGGAGUCUUCGGAGGUGUUGUUCCUGUGUCCCUGGAGAAACCUUACUCGUUCUCAACCGAGACCCUUUCUAUCAUUGAGAGGGAUACGAGCUCUGAUGCCGAAGAGGCGCGCAAGCAAUUUUCCUCUCGCCACCCAUCGAGCCAAAUCCCCACAGCUGCUGAUCUAUCAUUCCUCAAGCAGCUAGCCGGUUUGGUCUCCAGGCGCUCAAGUGCGCUUGUUGCUGCUGGCGUACACGCUUUCUGGAACUUGCGCAUCGACAGCCAGAACAAGUUCGUAUCCGCAUUAUCACCCGAAUCAUCUGAGCGAGACAGCGCCGAAGCAGACCGUGACCUGGCUGAGACGACAGUAGCCUACAACGGCGGCGUUAUUGAGAGCUACCCUGGCUAUCUUGAUAGCUGCCAGUCAUAUCUGAACGACUUGGUAGCGGCUGACAAGAUGGAAAAGUCUGGAAACAGAACAAUCAAGCUUGUGUCAGCAAAGGAGAGCUCCCUGAUGGGAGCAGCAGUGGCUUUGGCCUCUUUGGAGGAGGUCGUAGAGGGGCCACUGGGCGUGGCGCUGUUCGAUUCUUUUGUUCUCUUUCAUCCUAACCUUUUGCCCUCAACACGCGACAUGGCCACCUCCGACACAUUUGCUGAAUGCGCCAUCGCGUUCGUCGCCAGCAAUUUACUGACUCCCAAACUGAUCGGAGAGCUAUCAACCAUUUUGGAAGAAAAUGGUGCACAAAUAUGUGAACCUCGACGCGACGGCUCAUUACCGAUCGAGAAAGUCACCCACAUCAUCUCCAACACGAUCGAUUUCCCCCAGUUCACUGAGGCACAGGCUCAUAUGAUCCCUGUAGUGACGACUCAAUGGAUCACCUUCUCCAUAGCUCGGAGGAAACAGGCUCAAAUUAGGCCUUUUUCGCCUGAUCCGAGAAUGAUCUUUUCUGAGGUGGUGGUGACUUGUGCGGAUCUGCCAGAGACCGACAAGGAGAGCAUUGCUGGUGCUACAAUGGCUUUGGGUGGACAAGAAACAAAAGAUGCAUCCAAGGUAACCACGCAUAUUUGCGCCCUCUCGAUGGAUCAUCCUAAGGUCCAGGUUGCUCUACAAAAGGGAUGGAAAGGCAAAGUUGUGUUGCCACACUGGUUCGAUGAUUGCUUCAAACUUGGGAAACGUAUCGACGAAGGUCCCUAUCUACUACCCGAUCCCGAAAUUCUUAAGAAGACUUCCGCAGACGAUCUUAAAAUACCCUCCAACGAAAACCUCGCGGGUGCGACAUCACCGACACCGAAUUACCUCCCUUUACCCUUGCCUUCUGAUGGAGAGGUUGUUCGCCCACCUGUCACUAUCUUCCAGGACCGUAAUGUCUUGCUAUCCGCGGAUCUGACUAUAACCGAACGACUGUCAAAGGUGGUCAGGGAAAUUAUCGUUAGAGGAGGCGGAAAGCUCGUGGACAAAGUCGAGGAUUGCGACAUGCUCAUUUGCCAAUACCGCGACGGUCCUCAAUAUGUUCAAGCGGCGCAAGCGUACAAAGAGGUCGGAAAUCUGGCCUGGCUUUACUGGCUUAUCGUCCACAACGAGUGGACAUCGCCGCUGCGUCGACUGCUACACUAUCCGAUCCCCAAGGAUGGUAUAGAAGGAUUCAAGGGUCUACGUAUCACAGUAUCAAAUUACGGUGGUGAAGCACGAAUUUACCUGGAGAACCUGAUCAAAGCUUCUGGAGCCGAGUUCACCAGAACGAUGAGAGCCGAGAAUACGCAUUUAAUCACUGCGAGAGACUCUAGCGAGAAAUGCAAGGCUGCCCCUGAAUGGGGGAUUGCCGUCGUCAACCAUCUCUGGAUCGAGGAGAGCUAUGCCAAGUGCGAAAUUACACCCAUCAAUAUCAAGAAGUAUAAUCAUUUCCCUCCGCGCACUAACCUGGGCGAGAUUAUCGGGCAAACGUUCUUUGAUGAACCAAAGUUGCGCGAAAAGUACUACCCUGGGGGGCCGGCCAAGCUCUCACCACGAGCCAAGAGGAAGCGAGCAAUCCUGGAAGCUGCAGAGGAGAACGCAUAUGCACGAGGGCCAGCAGAGGGCGUUGUUAUUGGCCAGCCUGGUAAAGGGGACGUCGAGAUGGAAGACUCUAACGGAGGAGAAAGCGAGAAGUCCACAAAGAAGACCAGAGUCAUUGGAGAUGCAACUCCAAUUCGCCCGCGCCGUACUGGGAAGGAGAACGAGACGCCGUCGGUGGCUUCCACAGGAAGUCGUAGCGCCAAAGCGAAAGCCCAGGAACGUCUGCAUGGCUUGAGCGACGACAUUGCGCUUUACGAAAAGGAGAAGAAGAGGCAUGCCAAGGGAGGCAAUACAAUCUGGGGUGGAAAGCGAGCUGCCGACCAGGCCGAAAAGACUAACACCAAAACCAAACCUGAGGAGAAGCCCGAAGAUGAAGAUGCCGACACAUUAUCGAAGCGGCCAACCAAAAAGACCAAGCCGUCACUUCCAGACAUUCAGAUGCGUGUUGUCUUGACUGGAUUCACUCGCUGGGUUGGAGACAAGAACAAGGAAGAUCAGGAUCGAAGAAAGCUUCGGGACAUGGGCAUACAGAUUGUGCAAGAGGGUCAGCCGUGCGACUAUUUGGCAGCCCCUAGUGUUGUCCGUACUGUCAAAUUUUUAUGCGCGCUUGCACGCGGCCCAACAGUGAUCUCGUCAACUUUCAUUGACCAGUCUUUAGACAGGGGCACCCUUCUCGAUGUUGAGGAUUUCAUUCUCAAAGACAAUGCAGCUGAGAAACGGCACAACAUUGUCCUUGAGACAUCAGUGGCUCGUGCCAAGGCAAAUAGAGGCAAACUUCUUGUUGGUGUUCCCAUCUAUUGCACGGAAAAGAUCCGCAAUGGUGCGGAGAGCUACAAAACGAUCGCCGAGGCCAACGGGGCGAUCUUCAAGAUCUAUCGGGCUCGGAGUGGGACGACAAUCCGACCAACAACGGCAGAGGAAGAGGGUAACGCGCCACCCGAGCCGGUCUACCUAUUAAGUAGCGGACGACCCGACGAGAGACCGCUUUGGGAGAAAUUCCGUGACAUGGCGUACAACGGCAACAUGGAGCCUCGCAUUGUUGCACCUGACUGGUUGCUCGAUGUCGCAAUGGCUCAACAGGUGCGGUUUGAUGACAAGUUUUUGGCGGAGAACUUUUACGGAAAUUCGCAGUAG